AUGAUCCCCGCAGUUGUCGACUUCCCGCAGCAGCAGCAGCAGCAGCAGCAGCGGCAGCCGCCCCAGCAGGAGCAGCCCCAGCAGGGGCAGGAGCGGGAGCAGGCUGCCGCCGCCGGGCGGCGCCAGGACCCGCUGCAGGAGCAGGACCAGCUGCAGCAGGCGCAGGAGCUGGAGCGGCGGCGGCGGCGCACCGGGUUCACCGACAAGGCGCUGCUGACUCCCGAGGAGCUGCGCCAGAAGCUCAAGGUGGUGCAGCAGCAGCGGGCGCUGGUGGUGCUCCUGGUGGACCUGCUGGACGCGAGCGGCAGCAUCCUGGGGAAAGUUCGGGAGCUCGUCGGCAACAACCCCAUCAUGCUGGUGGGCACCAAGGCCGACCUGCUGCCCGCGGGCGCAGACGGCGCCCAGGUGGCGGCCUGGCUGCAGGCGGCCGCCGCCUUCAAGCGGAUCGCCGCCGUGUCUGUGCACCUGGUCAGCAGCCGCACCGGGGCGGGCGUGCCGGAGGCGGUGGGCGCGAUCCGCAGGGAGCGGCGCGGCAGGGAUGUGUUUGUGAUGGGGGCUGCCAACGUGGGGAAGAGCGCCUUCAUCCGAGCCCUCAUGAAGGACAUGUGCCGCAUGGGCAGCCGCCAGUUCGACCCGCAGGCGCUGAGCAGGGGGCGGUACCUUCCCGUGGAAAGCGCGAUGCCGGGGACCACGCUGGAGCUGAUUCCCAUGGAGAACAAGCAGCUGCACCCGCGCCGCCGCCUGCGCCCCUACGUGCCCCCCUCCCCCGGCGAGCUGCUGCAAGUCACUGCCGCCGCCUGCUCCAUGCCCGCACGCCCGCGAGACGCCGGCGGAGCUGCCGCUGGCGCGGGCGCGGGUGCGGCGGCGGCGGCGGCGGCGGGGCCCAGCUGCCACGUGGCCACCUACUGGUGGGGCGGCCUGGCCAAGCUGCAGCUGCUCAGCUGCCCGCCCGACACAGAGCUGGUGUUCUACGGGCCCCAGGCCCUGCUGGUGGAGGCUUCUGUGGAAGCGGCAGACCCCGCCGGCGACGCCGCCGCCGCCAGCGAGGGCGACGCCUCCGCCAGCGAGGGCGAGGGCCCGGGCGGUGAUGUGGGCGCGGGGCGGCGGCGUGGCGGCGGCGCCGCUAGCGGCGGCUCCGGGAUGGGAGGCGGGUGGCCGGGCCUUGGAGGGGAGGAGGUGGCGGAGGAGCCUCACGGCUUUGGGGCGGGGUCGGUGAUGCGGCGGGGCGGGCUGCGGCCCUGCAAGACCCUGCACAUCAAGUGUGGAGCGGGUGGGAGCGGGGCCAGGCAGGCGGUGGCCGACAUCGCUGUCUCGGGCGUCCCUGGCUGGGUGGCGGUGCACGCCAGCGCCGGCAGGGGCCACACGGUGCAAGUGCGCGUGUGGACCCCCCCGGGCGUGGAGGUCUUCAGCCGCCCGCCGCUGCCGGUGCCCUCGCCCCUGGUCGAGCCAGGCGCCCCCGAUGCCUGGCUGCCUCCGCGGGCUGCCGCCACGCCGGGAGGCACCCUGGAGCAGCAGCAGCAGGAGGAGCCGGCGGGGGCGGCGCCUGCUACGGCAGCAGCGGCAGCGGCGGCGCCCUCGGCAGCGGCGGCGCAAGUGACCGAAGUGCAAGGAGCGGGGGAGGCGGAGGAGGGGCGGGGGCAGCGGGUGCGGCAGCGACCCAGCUCUGUUGACGACUGGUGGUGA